AUGAGGUUUAUCCAGAGGAGUGGAAAGUAUCACGGAUUUGUCCGACACUUUCGAUCUGGAGCCGAUGUAACAUUCCACGUGUACAGUUCAAAGAAGGAAGAGAGACGUCUGAGAUCGAUCUUGAAUAAAUGGGCAGACAGGGGAUAUGUCGGCAAUAUAACAAUUUCAGAAAAAGAUACCACUUUGAGGUCUUUGCUGUCCCUUGAGAGCUUGGCAAUAAAUCAAGAAGGGAUAAUAAGGGAGAACGACGAGUUCAUACUGAGUUGCGUGGCGAGAGGAUCUCCUACGAUGAGUUUUCGUUGGUUUAAGGAUGGAAUUCCCAUCAACGUGACUUCGACCAGCCGAAAAUGGAUAAAACUCAUCAAAGACCCACACGUGGCUGACCAGUAUACUGCCCUUCUGGCUAUUGAAUCUGCGCAUAUUUACGAUGGGGGUUUAUUCACUUGUCAAAUUGAAGAUUUCAACAUUCAACAAUGCCUUUCCAGGGCGGUUGAAAUUGGAAAACGGCCAGUUGUCAACAUUGAACCCAUGAGUAUUACAGUGAGAAAGGGUGGAAACUUUACUGUAAAAUGUGUAACCGUAGAUGAAAAUGGGGAUAAGUUCACAUAUAGCUGGACUAAAAAUAAGGAAUUGCUUCCUGUUAGAACAGAAAAUGAGAAAUAUGAAAUUUUAUACCCAACAGGAACCAUUUUACAAGUUAAUAACGCCGAGACGGUGAGUGGCUAUUCCAAAGACGCUUGCGCAGGUUAG